CGCAGUCUGCGUCGCACGCAGCGCUACAAAUAUGUUUCGUGCAGUGUCUGUGAGUUGGAAGCGAUACUGGUGGGGCACAGGAAUUCUACCAGACAGAACAAAUCGAAUUGAGGACAUCUAUCUACGUUUUUAUAAUGGAAGUGCGUUCGACGAAUACGUGGACCUUCCGCUACACCACGCUUGCCAAUUAUUCGAGAUCAAAGGCUUUGACAAUAAAAAUCCCACCGUCCUAUACAUCCACGGCUUUAUAGAGACUGCACAACAGGAAAGUGUACAGGUCAUGGUAAACGCGUACUUGGAAGCAAGACCGGACACCAAUAUCAUAUUAUUAGACUGGUCUAAUAUGUCACAUGGUUCUUAUUUGGUUAACGCUGCUAGAAACACAAAAAAGGUAGGUGCUGCAGCAGCGGAACAAUUGAGUAAACUCAUUGAAGCAGGUCUAUCAAUUGACAAAUUACAAGUCAUAGGCCAUUCCCUUGGCAGCCAUGUUGCCGGGUACCUCGCGAGGGAUCUCAAAACUAAACACAACAAAACUGUUAAAAGGUUGACUGCCCUCGAUCCAGCAUUCCCGGCAUUUUACCCGGACGGUGUUGUAAUGGAACAUGUGACAGAUAAAGACGCAGAAUUCGUGGACGUGAUACACACAGAUGCUGGAGGAUAUGGUGCGCCGGUCCGAACUGGAACUGCAGACUUCUGGCCAAACGGAGGAAAGAGUAUCCAACCGGGUUGCCCUAGAUUCGCACCUAUACCUCUAUCUGAUGACAAUUUAUGCAGUCAUUGGAGAUCAUGGCGUUUCUAUGCAGAGUCAAUACGUAAUCCGGAAGCGUUUCCAGCAUCGCCAGCUGAUUCUUAUCAUAAAUUUAGAGAAAAUCAAUCACCUGAAGUUGGAAUGGUCUAUAUGGGAUCUAACUGCGAUAACAAUGCCCGAGGAUCCUACUAUUUGACGACCAACGCUGAAUAUCCAUUUGGUAAAGGGAUGGACGGUAUAUACGCAAAAAAUAAGAAUACUAAAAACAAAAAAACAUAACAUGCUGUCGCGUCGUCACUAAGUUUACGUUUGGAAUAACUAAGUACUUACUUCGUUUUAUGAUACGUGUCUUCUUGUUUACUCUAACCAGAUCAAGAUACACACUUCAUGGGAAGUGAUGUCUUUAUCACAUUGGUCCGUUAUGAGGGAUACUAUAUAAUAGUAUUGUAAUAAUUCCUUCAAAUUUUAAAACGUUAAGUAUACACCAUAUUAAAGAGAAUAUAAAAAUCAAAGAUCAUCCGAUCCAAAACUGAGUUUAAACUUUUAAAAAAAUAAGAAAAUGUAAAGCAAAACUUUAGUUCCUAAGAAAAUUGGACUUCUUAAUUGGUGUGCUAAAGAAAUUAUGUAUCUGAAUGAAUAGUUAGAAAUAUAAAUAUGUAACACAGUUAUUUUCCGAAUAUGACAAAAAGAGAAAAAAAUAUUUAUGCACCCUAUCUAUAACUGAAAAUACAUUUUAAAUUGAAACGUACCUGCACCUAGAAUGUAAGCAAAAACUUAUUUAAAUAUGAUAAUUUAUGAUAGUUCCAUAGAUUACAUAUUUAGUUUAAGAGUCGAUAUCAAAAUUAAAAUGGGAUAAAGAAUCUUAUAGUUGUUAAAAGUUGAUCAUAUCUACAACUCUAAAUGAGCUUUUACUCAAUCUGAAGCUAUUUACGAUAGUUCUACCAGAUAGUUCUAUAACAGUAUUAAAAGAAUUGCAUGUUUAAAAAUAACAAAAAUCGCAACGCUUUAUCAAUAACGCGACAUCUGUAAAUUUAGGUAUUUUCAGGAGGUAGGUAUAACUUUAAACUUUAAACUAUACCUACGUUUACCACAAAUUUAAUUCGGCUAUAAAUUUUUAAAUAGUUUUUUUUUUUUUAAUCAAAUAGCUAAUAUAUUUAUACAUUUAAUUCCUACUCUAACGCUGUGGGUUUACGGAUAAAUACGAAUUCUGCACUGGGCUCUACCCAAUUUUAUUAUGUUAGAGAAAUAAAUGUAAAAAAUACAGAUUUGUUGUUGAUAGAGCGUUGUGAAAUACUUUGUAAAAUCAUACAUAAUCAUCACCUAAUGAUUUAUUUGACGGCCGAUUGGCGCAG